AUGGCUCUCCCGCUCGGAGACUUUCAACACAUUGGCCUUGAGAGGACAAUGUGGGAUACAACGCUAUGGAAACACUGUCCAAAGGGUUACACCUGUAACGAAGCAGAUAGAGUUAUUCGAAGGAACGAGGAGUAUCAGGCAAGCAGUCACCAGCAACAUCCCGUCAUGUUCUUUAGCAGGGUAACUUCUUGGUACGAAUGGGUGGAAACUAAAUAUUUUAAACCCUUGAGUGAGUUCUGUGAUGGCAAGAAAGUCUGUAAUUACCCCAUGGCGGCGAACUUCAGGACCUCUCGAGAAAACGUGCGAUCGCAUCAGCAAAGCAUUAUCAAAUCUGAGGCUCUGGCUUCUUACGGAUCCGUCAAUCGCGAUGUAGAGCUCGACGGGCGAACCAAAGCUGACAACGACAGCGAAGUCGAAGAUGCGGACGAUAGCGAUUAUGAGCCUGGGAGGAAACAACCCAAGAGACGCUAUACCGCCUCUCAUAGACCACAACUUGCAGUCAUGAGGAACUGCAAUGGUAUGCCAUGUGCCAACGUGCCUCCAUGUAUUGCGACUUGCACACAUAAGAUAACAUGCAAGAACGUAGCUACAGAGACGAGCUACGUAGAAGCUGCAACACCUCGCGAUGACAAUACAGACAGCCAACCUCUCCGUCCGUUUGCAUAUGACAAGGAGUUAAUUGAGAAGGACUAUCUGGGAGCUUUCCAACGCGUGCAUUUCAUUGAGUCCGAACAUGAAAAGAAACUCGAAUGGGUAACCAUUCCACCAAUUCUGGUACCGCAACCCGUUCUACUGAACAACAUAUUCGGAACUAACAGAGGGAAGGAUAUUUUUAAAGAACUUGACGGGCGUAAUCCACAGGCUGCUGGGUUGGGCGCUCAAACUCCAAGCAGCAAGAGCACUCUUGCCAGUCUCACGCUGCCACGAAAAAGGGGACGCUUAGAUAUGCACGGAAAUGGUCGAGCUGCGCAAUCAUUCGAACGAGACUUGCCGUAA